UGCUACCAUCUCACACAUGAACUCACACUCCAGUUGAACUUUAUCAUCUGAAGACCAGGAUUACAUUUUACAGAAGACAGACGAUCAGCCCCUUCUUUCUACACACACAACUUAUUUCCUGUCCUCUUGCUUGACUGGCUGGAAGACCAUCCCCCACACACAUUCCUGGGAGGGGGGCCAUGGCAGGACAGUGGCAGGGCUGCUGGAGUUUGAAGCUCAUGAUCAUCUUCAGCCUCCUCGGCCUCAUUGAAGAGUUCGAGGUGAAAGAAGAUGAGUGGGAGGAGCUCGGCUCUGACAUCGCUGCACUGCAUCGACUCCAAGGACUGUCUGAACACAUGUUUGAUGAAAGCUUUAUGAACACCUCAACAACCAGGGUAAAUGGCUACCACCAAUCAAGAUUUGGAAGAUCUGUGAAAAGGCUGGACACUGAAGAAAACCCACUAACUUUGCUGGAUGGAUUUCAGGACUGUGAAAAUGUCACAGCUUAUGUCAUUACAAAGGAGAAGGACUUUAACACCUUCUUGGCACAUAUCGAGAAACAGAAGGUACAAGACUGGCUGCUGGGUGCUUCAGAGAUCUCACACAGCUACAACCAAAAACUUCUGAUCAUGACCGACAGAGAGAAAUCCACCAGUGACAGAGUCCAGCAGGAAUACAGCAUGGAUCCUCAUUACUCCGUGAAAGUCACCAAGGACUGCCUGUUCAACGACUCCUGUGUACCAGCAGCAGACAGCUACACUGUAGUCAAAAUAUUUGGAAGUGUUUCAGAAGAUGGACAAACAGUGUCUGGACUUGAUGGAUCUUCACUUGCAAAGCUGAUGUUAAAACCAUCUCUGGAAGCGGCUCCAGUUUUCUCUCUCGAUGGAAACAUAACCACACAGUUCCACCAGAACUUCAUUCGGGUUUUGUUGCUCCACGGCCUCCAAACAGUCUUAGAAACCAACCAAGACAAUCAGCAGAUUUACCAGGUGAUGGAUCGACCUGACUCAGUUUCCAGCUACAAAAUCCCACAAAGACGAGCUGAUCACAGCACACAGUAUGACCACCAGCAGAUCGUAAUGAUGGAAAAUGAGCCUGUGGUCAGAAGAGCUGCUGAAUAUUUGUAUGAGAAACAUCCAACAAUUAGUUCUGUCUAUGUUCUUGAUAAAAACCAAAGACCCAAACUGAUCCACGGUGAACCAGUGUCUCUGUCAGAGGACAGCAGACUGGUGCUGGUAGGUCAUGGUAAAAAAGACAACGCAGGAGAAAUGAGACUGUCAGGAUACAGAUCUGGAGAUGUAGCAAAAAUCAUCGAAAGGACAAACAGAGGCAGUGAUAAAAUCAAAACAACGAGUUUGGUGUCCUGUGAGGUUGGAUCAGACCAACGAUUCAUAGAAACUCUACUGAGGGACCUCCAUAAAAAUAACAUCAAGACAGAGCUUCAUGUGAGGGACGCUCUUGUCCAAGUUACACACACAGGAAAGAAAAUCACUCAGGAAAUCUCUCCAGAGGGGCUGCAAUGGAGACAUAAAGACAACAGCAAGAAAGUGGUGGCAACCCUUGAUAGGAACAAAGAUGUAAUAAUGAGAAAUGAGCCAGGAAGUAAAGGAGAGGCUGUUUUUACCAAUGAAAGAAACUUUCUGGGUGGAGGAGAAAACAGGGGAAACAAAAAACCAGAACAAAGUGUCAUAAAAGAAAACAGCUGGCCAGAUGAACCAAAGAGGUUUGUUGACCCAAAGGUUUUUAACAAGAUUGACCAAAAUAACGUUAACAAGAUAAAAUCUGCCAUUGAUGAACUCGAGGCUCUGUCUUGGGGACUCUUUCACUCAGAUCAACCAGUACCAAAGAAAAUCAGUGUCAACAACCCAGAAGAAAUAAGAAAAUAUAAAAUAUGGAAAAGAGAAAAAAAUGGAAAAGUUAAAAUUAACACAAACAACAAAAUGAUUCAAAGUGGAUUAAAAGACAUUCUUAAUAAAUGUUAUGAGAUUAAAUCAGGUAAAGAUAUUAGAAAUAUAAUUCAUCACUUUGCAAAGAAUGGAGAAGAUAAGCCCACAUACUUAAUGGUCAGUGACUGGAUAUAUGAAGUUCACCCUCGGAAUCUGUACGUGUAUCCAGUUGGAAAAAAGCUUGACAACAAUCAAAUAAGAAACAGUAACGUAAUUGAUGAUAUUAAGAAAUGUAUUAAUGAACAGGCGGGCAAAGAAAGCUACCCAGACAUGCGAGACGAGAUUUUUAAAAAUGAAAAGAAUGAAAACAUGAAUAAUAAUGGAAAAAAACAAAAACAAAGAUAUGCUGAAUAUGUAGAAAAUAUUUUUCGUGGGGAGCACCCAGGUGUUUUUAAAGGAAGUCAAUAUGAAAAACUGUCCAGUGAGGCCUGGUUCACCACGUAUUUCACUGCAACAGUUAUAUCUGAAUCUGCAAGAAAUUUCCGGACAUUCCCUCUGACUCUUAUGGCCUUGGAUCUGGUUCGAAACAAUAACGAUGAUAUCCGACAGAAAGGCCUUGAUUUUUUCUUUGACAAUCAUCCAAUGGCAAGAGGAGGCAGUUGGAUUGACCCGAGCAGACGAGGAUUCAAAGGCUCAGCAACACCUAAAGAUUCCAGCAAAUUAAGAAAUCGAGAAGAACAUCGUAAAACCGAGGAUCAGCUCAUGGGUAGCCUUGCUGACCUUGUAAAACGAGAGGGUAACUUCUUUACAGAAUGGAAGGAAACCGUUGGUACUAAUGAAGGUGAUGUGGUGAAACGCAUAACUGAACUUUCAAACACCUACAAAACAAUGACGGAUAAUUCAGACUUUCAAAAAAAAUACAAUGAUUUCCAAACAGACACCAACAUGAUAGCACAUCCUGAUGAUCACAGACAACCUUCCACAUCUGGAACACUGGGAGGAAACGAUGAUGGCUAUGUCACAAUGCGAGACCUGAAUUCAGCCUCAGAAUUAGAAAAUACCUUCAAACAUGAAUCUUAUUUCUCAAGAGCAUCUGCAUCAUUGGCUGAAGAGGUCCAUGCUGCACUACAGCACAAAUAUGGUGAAACUCUGGCAGGAAUGCACCUUCAGGAGGGAACAGCCCGAAUAGAAAACGGAGAGUUUGUAUGUAAGCUCGUGUCAGAGAGAGCUGGUGCUGAGCCCGUGGAGUUUAGGACUGAUUUAUCUCCACAGAGUCAACAUUACAGUGAAAAGAUGUGGAAGAACAUUGAGAAAUCAGUGCACGAGAUGGAGCAGCACAGUUCAGCAUCCUCCCAUCAGGUGAACAAACAUGUAGAGAGGACUGGAACUACUGUUGGAGCUCUGGGUCUCAUGCUGGGACUGAAAGGAGCUGCUCGUGCCUUUGAAAAGGGAAACAUCACAGAUGGUGUGAUGGGGUCUUUGCAGACAGCUCAUGGAGUGACGGCUAUGACAACAUCUGUUAUUGCACGCAAAGCUUUGACCUCAGAGGCAAGAAUUGCAAAAGCUGCAACAACAAUCAUGAGGAGCCCUGCAAUGAAGCGUUUUAUGACAGUUAUACCAAUAGUGGGAAUUGGAUUUGGGGUCUACAAUGUGGUAGCAGAUUUUAAAAGAGGAGAUGCUCUGGGAUACAUUGAUGCUGCGUUAGAUAUUACCAUGGUUGCGUUAGAUGUUGUUGAGCUUCUUCAGCCUCAACUGGUACCUCUCAUCGCACCUAUAAAUCUGGCUCUAUCAGUAGUGCGGAUGGUCAUUGAUGAUGUUUAUAUGGCCAUCCAGAAUGAACUGAAGAGCCUCCCAGCAAACGCUGGAGUUUUGGACAAAAUAUUUGCUGUUUUUGUUGGCUUUGAAAAAGGGAUCAUACACUUUGCUAUACAUGUGGCUAGUGUGUUUUAUGACUGGCGUUAUGAUGAAAUUGAGGAGGGACGAAGACUUGUUGAACAUAUCUCAGAUCAGCAAUUUUAUAAAGUCACAAAGCAACAGGAUGGAACGACUGCCAUUGAUUUUACUGCUGGCGCCUCCUCCUGGAAUGGAGGAGGUAUUAACUUCUGCCUCGCUGAUGAGGGUGAGUCUGAGCUCUGCAUGGACUAUGUUGUUUCUAGUGAUGAGAGUCCAAGAAGACAAUGCUGGAACAUUAACACAAAUGGAAGCAACGAUAUAAUUCUUGGUCAGGGAGAGUCACAUGGAUUAGAGCACACGACAUAUGAAAAAAAAAUUUUAGUUUUCUUCUCAGAUGGAUCUGUGACAGUGGUUUCAGGUUAUAAAAAUCUUACCAACUCAAGAUACGGGACAUACAAGGGAAACAGAGACUCUAAUCGAUUUUUUGCAGUUCAGGAACAAAAGGACAAAUAUUUGAUUGAAGUCAUGUUGAGCUACUCUUACAGACUUCAUGGGGAACCAGGGGAUGACACAUUCUUCCUCGGUCCACAGAGAAGUUAUGUUGAAGGCUCAGGAGGAAAAGACACUUACAUCAUUCCCGAGAAAGGAGGGAAAACGAUCAUUAACAACUAUGAUCCCUCCAGAGCACAAGACACUCUGCAUUUCAGUGUCAACUACAGCCACAUUUCUGUGUCUAAAUCAGGUAAGGAUGUUGUGCUGAUGUAUGAGGGCAGUCAUACUGUAAGAAUCCAAAACUGGUUUUUAGGAGAAGAUUAUCGUCACAUGAACAUGAUGUCAGGAGACAGAGUCUUAUUUGAGAUUUCCUCCACAGUGGUUUCUUCAGUUCAGCUGGUGGCCAGAGGAAUUAACAAGAUGUUUGAGAAACAGGGUGUAGUUGUUGAUGCAACACAGCCACUUUUACACACAGUUACAAACAUCUUUGGGUCCCAGUAUGAUGACGUACUCAUUGGAAAUGGAGAAAGGAACCUGAUAGAUGGGGGAGGAGGGCGAGAUCGUCUGAUUGGUGCUGAAGGUGAGGACAUUUACAUGGUGAAAGGCAAAAACUUGUCUUCUGUGCUGAUUGAAAAUGACUCCAGAGACGAGAAAACUGACCUGGCCAUCGUAGAAGCAAAUCUUCAUACGUUUGGAGUCAGAGUAGAAGGUGAUGAUGUUCAUCUGGAGGCUCAACAUGACAGCACAGCGUUUAAUGUUACUGUAGUGAACUGGUUCAGAUCAUCAGCAGACAGACACUUACUGUUUAUCACAAAGGAUCUGAUCACCUUCACACUGUCAGAUAACAAGACUGACUGCCUGCAGAAUAACAUCUUCACCAAAUGUAUAAAGAGCCUCAGCAUUGACUACAGGAGCUCCCCAUCUCAUCUGGAGGUGGACCUUGAGAAGGAUGAGGCUUUGGACAGCGUGACAGAGGUCCGCGGGUCAAACUAUAGUGAUGUCAUCAAAGGAAACAAAGAACACAACGUUGUCGUCCCUGGAUUAGGAGAUGAUUUCAUUGAGGGGAGAGGAGGAGAGGACUGGUACAUUAUCACUGCAGGACACGGAGUGAAAACCAUCAACAAUCUAUCACCAGAUCUAACCUUGGACCUGCUCUUCCUUAAAGAACAAUAUCAGCAUAUAACAUGUACAUGUGAAGGUCAGAGCAUCAUCGUUCAGGUACAGAACAGAAGAACUGUUAUUUUACAGAACUGGUUUAAAUCAAAGAAUUAUCAGCACCUGCAGAUCAAGACCAGUGAUGGAGUAACAGCUGGACUAAAACCCAGCAUCAGCAGCUGUGGACGGGAUUUACUGCUGCCUUUAACCUUCGAUUACAGAAACCAGAGUCCUGAACCACUUUCAGUAAUUGAUAAUCUAUGCUUUUAUUUUGCUAAAAAGAUAGUGUACUUUAAUCGUGCAAGGAUUUAUUUUGAUAGAGGCAACUGCAUGUAUUGGGGGAAAAUGAUGAAAAUACAAGAUGUUGAAUCAGUGAAAGAAAUGUACGGUUCCUCAGGAUUUGACAUCAUGGUUGGAAACAGCAAUGAGAAUUUACUGGAUCCACACACUGGGGGGGCGCUGAUGAUAGGAGGGGAAGGCAAAGAUACUUACAUAAUCAAACACGUGGAUGAAAACAUGGUAAUCAUUGAUAACUUUGCAGAAGAUCAGAAAACUGACACUGUGCUGGUAGAUAUGGAUUUCCUUGAUGGAAGUCGAGUCAUACUGGACUCAACAGUUUUAAUGGAACCAACAGUUUUAAUGGAACCAUCAAUAAAUGAUGUUCAUGUUAGAAUCAUGAAAAAUGAGAAAAAAUUAGAAUUCAGUCUCCGCAAUUAUGCUAAUGGUGAAAAACAUCAGCAUCUAGAAUUUCAGAGCUCUGAUGGCGUCCAUUUCAAACUCAGGUCUCUAGACUCAUCUGCAGGUGACUCUUUCUAUCAGGUAGAAGCUUUCAAAGUGACUCUCACACAGUCUCAUGUGGACUGUCGUUUGGACCUCAGCGCUCAGAGAAAUCUGUCAGAGGUUCACACAGUGCAAGGCUGUCCCUCCCAGUCUAAUGUUAUAAUAGGCAACAACCGAGACAACGCUCUGAUUGGUGGAUGGAGGGACGACGCCUUGGAUGGAGGUGAUGGAGAUGACACGCUGGUAGGAGGAAAUGGAGCUGACAUCCUAAUUGGUGGGAGAGGAGACGACACUCUUUAUGGUGAAGAUGGAAAUGACACACUGAUGGGAAACUCUGGCCGGGACAUCUUCCUUCCUGGACCAGGAGCUGAUCUGGUGGACGGAGGUCCAGGCAGAGACACAGUUCUCUAUCGGGGUGAUCAUGAGAAGGGUGAAGGGGUUUAUGUUAACCUGCUGACGGGCCAAGGCCACUACGCUGACGCAGAGGGCGACGUGUUGAAGGAUGUGGAAACUGUGGUCGGCACCAUCUAUUCCGACAUCUUAGUCUCUGGUUAUGAAAGUUCUCUUCUCAAAGGCUCAGAUGGUAAUGACAUCUUGGUGUCCACUGGUGGAGAUUAUCUGGUCGGAGGUGAUGGAAAUGACAUUUACAUGUUCACUUUCAGCAACGGCUCAGUCACCAUAGACAACUGUGCAACAGACAACGCCACAGAUGUUUUGUACCUGAGCUCAAAUUCAAGUCCAGAAUUUGAUUGCCAACUAUUAUCUGACCGAGUCCUGCUGACCUUCUUUGGAUUCGAACAAUCAACUAUAAAAAUUGCACUGCGAGGCUGGAUUAGUGAUGAUGAUGAAUGUGGCCAUUUGGUGCUGGUGUUCAGGGAGGUGGAGGCAUCGGUGGACAUGCUGCUGCAAGAGUGCCAGUAUAGAAAGAAGGAAUCACUUUGGUCAUUGAUCAUAACCCGGGUUAUCUGCAUCACUCUUCUUGCCUUCCACUUGGCUUUUGCUUUACAAGGGUCUCGAAAAUUAAUCAGAAAAGCACAAAAACAAAAAAGACAAAAACAAGAUGAAACAAAUGUUGAAGCAGAGUCAGUACCAGCGGUAAUGUAGACUGCUGCUGCUGCAGGUGACAUAUUCUUUAAAGUAUUCUGUGAUUUCACAAAUAAUUUCUUUUUAUUGCUUUUAUUGCUCUUUUCAUUUUUAUUGAUUGCUAGUUAGUUACUCUAAAUGUUGAGCUAAUCAUGAGUAUUCUUGCUUGCUAAAGUCUAAAUCUGUCACGUUAUUAAUCAACUGAAAACUAAAGGAAAGUUCCUGUAAUCAUAAAUGCUGAAUCUGUCUGAUUCAGUUACCCAGAGCAACCGAGGAGUCAGGACAGAAUCGUUCAGCAGGGAUUUACCACUGCGGAUAAUUAGACACUGUUUGUGUGAAUUUCACAGCUUGAACAAGCUAGUCGAGUUCUGAUCAAACAUGUACCUGACAUAACACUGAUCAUCUUUUUUUGCUUUUAUUUACUGUAACAGCUGCAAAAUUGUGAGCUUAUUCAGAGGUGGAGAGUGUGAGCUGUUUUGUAAUGUGGACUCAGCUCCCUGGCAACAUUAAAAUUUAUUUUUAAUGCUAUAUACACAUAUAUUCUUGUAAUAGUUGAAUAAUAAACAUUUACUGUCACUGA